GUUUCUAACUGGACCAAAAUUCCACCUCCACUUUUCAAAAAAGUUGUCAUUGUGCUGAUAGAUGCUUUGAGGGACGACUUUGUGUUUGGGUCCAAAGGUAAACAGUUCAUGCCGUAUACUACACAAGUUGUUGAAAAAGGGACAUCCUACAGUUUCGUUGCUCAAGUGAAGCCACCCACUGUGACUAUGCCUCGAAUAAAGGCUUUGAUGACAGGUAGCAUACCUGGUUUCAUUGAUGUUGUUGUGAACCUCAAUUCUCCAGCUCUGUUGGAUGACAAUCUGAUAUGGCAGGCAAAAACAGCUGGGAAAAGAAUAAUCUUUUACGGUGAUGAUACUUGGGUUAAAUUGUUUCCAAAGCAUUUCGUGGAAUAUGAUGGAACAACAUCCUUUUUUGUGUCAGACUUUACAGAGGUUGAUGAUAAUGUUACCCGUCAUUUGGACAGAGUGUUAAAGAGAGAAGACUGGGAUCUCCUAAUACUACAUUACCUGGGGUUAGACCAUAUUGGACAUAUGACUGGGCCAAACAGCCCAUUAGUGGGACCAAAACUUCGUGAAAUGGAUAAUAUCCUGAAGAAGAUUCAUAUUUCUCUUCUUUCAAAG